AUGGGAAUUCUAAGAAUAGUGGCCGAAGAUUAUUUCCAUGGAUUCAAAGAUUCAAUUUUUGGAUUAAUGUUUAUACGACGUAUUUUGGCUGAAGAUGCAAGGGGAAUUGAAGUGGAACCACCAGAGAGAAGAGAUAGAACUGUGCUACAGAUGAUAAGAGAACAACAAGGAAUUUUCAGACUUAUACACAUCUACGCAAUGAACAUUGGCUUCGUAGUUGUAUGGCAACUUUUGGUUUUCAUUUUGAGCUUCCUUUUCGGUCUUUUUGGAAGAGCAGAAUUGGGUGAGGCGAUUGGUUAUCUCAUGAUUGCUCCAAUCUUUGUUAUCAUGAAAAUUGUCCUAAUGCUCUGGUUUUCGGAUAUAUCAGGUGCUUGUAUGAGAGCCCUUAACCAACCACCUCCUAACCAGGAGCCAACAAUAAGAAUGUUUGGAGAAACUGUGACUUCUUUGGUUCAUCAGAACAUAUUCUUUGUUCAAGCAAUGCUAUCCCAGUAUUUCCCCAUUCCCCUCAUUAUGCCAUUCAUUUUUUUCGUCCACAUGUCUCUUCUCAACUCAAUGUAUUGCUUUGACUACUUCUACGAGAGCUACAACCUCUCGUUUAUUCGUCGUGCGAACUAUUAUGAGACUCGUUGGCCAUACUUCCUUGGGUUUGGAACUCCUCUCACGAUUGCCUCGAGCAUGUUCAGUUCAAUGUUUGCAAAUGGAGUAAUCUACGCACUUCUUUUCCCACUUUUCAUCAUUAGUAUUAUAGUUAUAAGGUCAACUGGGCUAGAAGAUAUGAUGAAAAAAUACCGCAAAUUAGGUUCUGUCGCAUAUCGUACUUCCUCACCCAGCGAGUCGCUGAAUUGA